CUGUUGCAUGCCACGUUCGGACUUCACGCUGUACCAUGGACUUCUCGCUACCUAUCUCAAAUCACUUUCAAUGUCCCUGUACGCCUCCCAAUUUGUCAUUGUGCCAUACUUCUGCGUGCACGCCGACGAAGUUCAACCGUGGGAAGUGCUGCGGGCCGGGGCCCUUAAUUGACAUCAGCACGUGGGGCUCCGUCAAUCAAUAUAAAGUGGCCGCGGACAUGGGAAUCGCUCGACGGCUUGCCUCCCGCGUUCGUCAGUCCACGUCGUUGUUCCCAUCUUACGACGUUUCCUCACCAUGUACGCCUUCACGACUGUUCUUUCGGCCGUCUCUGCGCUCGUCGUGAGCGUUCGCGCGGCGCCCAUGCUCAUGGCGCCACUCGCGGCGGUUCAACUCACGGGACGCGACGUCGUCGCGCCUCCCAUCACGUCCCCGAAUGCGUCGACGACAUGGAACGUUGGGGAGACGGUGACGGUCACUUGGGAUACGUCGGACCUGCCUCCUGAGUCGCAGAUAACGAACAAGGAGGGGAAGAUUGUGCUGGGGUACCAGACCGAGGAUAGCAUGCACCUUCAGUAUGAUAACCCACUGGCGCAGGGCUUCUCCAUCACGCUGGGGUCGUACAACGUCACGGUACCGGAUGUGGAGGAGCGCUCGGACUAUAUCAUCGUUCUCUUCGGUGACUCCGGCAACUCGAGUCCCAAGUUCACGAUCACUGGUGGUUUCUCGCCCGGCAGCUCGUCUGUUGCGCCCACUACGACCGCGAAUGAGGCCAGGGAGACGACUGCAUCGGACGAAGUCACUGCUCUGACGAGCAUCAUCUCGACGCCCAUCCCCAUCACUGGCACGAAGUCGCUCUCCUCUGCUGCGAACAUUCCCUCCGGCACUAUCGUGACGGAGACGUCAGUUGCCCAAGCCACCACCGCCGAGACUGUCACCCAGUCCGACGUUACGACGACCGAGUCUUCCUCGCCCUCGUCAACCUCAGCGUCCUCCGCCGCAUCUUCGUCGUCUUCAGAGUCCUCAAGUUCUGCCAAUGCGAGUGGAACCUCCGCGGCAGCGGACUCCGAGCCCUCCAAUGGCGCGUUGCGAAUGUUGCCCGGUAGCACGUCCACGGCGUCCUCGCUGUGCGCUGCGACCAUCCUGUUCGCCCUUGUCUUCUAACGAGGACAAGUCGAUUGUUAUGCGCUCACGACACACGCUCUCCCAUCGACAAUCUACUAUCCGCAAUGAAUAGGCGCCGAGCCUACGUUGCUUCAUGCACGAGCUCAUGUUACUUUUCUCCGCAAGCUCGUUGCUUGCCCGCAAUGUAGCCCCCCCUUCACUGCGUGGGCCUACGUUGCUUUCUUGCACGGCAUACGUUGUUUCCUUCGUGGAACCGCUUUGCUCUCUCCGGACUAACGUCCGCAUGUCCACCCAUCUACGAUAACUCAUCUACAACACCAUUAGUGUAUGCGCGUACUAACCACGCGCAUCGUCAUGUUUUACGACUAGGCAUAUCAUCUACGACCCAGUGACAUUUGUCUGGUCUCCAUAGCUAACCAAGAACACUUAACCACUUCAUGUAUAGUACUAGUAGGACGAUUCGGAAUGCAAUGCAUCUAGUUUUGGAA